GGCUUCCUGAGCUCCCAAUUAUCGCCUGCACGGGACCUGCUCUCCCCAGGACACAGCAGCAAGUGACUUGUGGGGCCCCCUGAUGUGUCGCCGGGGCCACCCUUCCCCUGUCCUGGAAUGACACAGGUUGGCGCACUGGACACAAGAAUUUGUCGCACUGCUUCUGAGACCUGGUCUGCAUCGGUGGAUAUGUGUGCUGUCCGCAGACAUUGCUGAGGCUAUCCCUGGCGGCAGGAGCUGCGACCAAGGCUGAGGCCGCCAUGAAAGAGAAGUCCAAGAACGCUGCCCGGACUAGACGGGAGAAGGAGAACAGCGAGUUCUAUGAGCUGGCCAAACUGCUGCCCCUGCCCUCUGCCAUCACCUCCCAGCUGGACAAGGCCUCCAUCAUCCGCCUCACCACCAGCUACCUGAAGAUGAGGGUGGUCUUCCCUGAAGGGCUCGGAGAAGCCUGGGGCCAUACCAGCAGACCUAGUACCUUGGAAAAUGUUGGUCGAGAACUGGGAUCUCACCUAUUACAGACCUUAGAUGGUUUCAUCUUUGUGGUGGCACCUGAUGGGAAAAUCAUGUAUAUCUCUGAGACUGCUUCGGUUCAUCUGGGCUUAUCACAGGUAGAAUUGACUGGAAAUAGCAUCUAUGAGUACAUUCACCCUGCUGAUCACGAUGAGAUGACUGCAGUGCUUACAGCCCACCAACCAUAUCAUUCCCACUUUGUCCAGGAAUAUGAAAUUGAGCGUUCCUUCUUUCUGCGAAUGAAGUGUGUGCUGGCAAAGAGGAAUGCAGGCCUAACAUGUGGAGGUUAUAAGGUCAUCCAUUGCAGUGGAUAUCUCAAGAUCAGGCAGUAUAGUCUGGACAUGUCUCCAUUUGAUGGCUGUUACCAAAAUGUAGGCUUGGUGGCAGUUGGUCAUUCCCUCCCUCCCAGUGCGGUCACUGAAAUCAAACUCCAUAGCAAUAUGUUCAUGUUCAGAGCCAGUCUUGAUAUGAAGCUCAUAUUUCUAGAUUCCAGAGUUGCAGAGUUAACUGGGUAUGAACCUCAAGAUCUUAUCGAGAAGACGUUGUAUCAUCACGUUCAUGGAUGUGACACAUUUCACCUGCGGUGUGCACAUCACUUAUUGCUGGUAAAAGGUCAAGUCACCACUAAGUACUAUCGUUUCUUGGCGAAACAUGGUGGUUGGGUGUGGGUGCAGAGCUAUGCUACAAUUGUCCACAACAGCCGCUCCUCUAGACCCCACUGCAUUGUCAGUGUGAAUUAUGUUCUCACAGAUACCGAAUACAAAGGGCUUCAGCUAUCUUUGGAUCAAGUCACAACAAAACCAACAUUUUCUUAUGCAAAUUCUAAUCCAGUAAUAAAUGAUAAUCGGAAGAGUAAUAAAUCCCGUCUACCUAGCACAAAGUCUAAAUCCAGGACAUCCCCGUAUCCUCAGUAUUCUGGAUUCCACACGGAGAGAUCAGAAUCAGAUCAUGACAGUCAAUGGGGUGGCAGUCCAUUAACAGACACAGCUUCACCACAACUUCUAGACCCAGUAGAAAGGCCAAACUCCCAGCAACAUGAUGCCUCAUGUGCAUAUAGACAGUAUCCUGAUCGAAGUGCUUUGUGUUUUGGAUUUACCCUUGACCAUUCAAGAUUUAGUGAUGAAAGGCAUCAUCAUAGUCAGUCUUGUGAAAGUGGCAGAUGUGAAGCUGGUAGAUACUUUCUAGGAAGUCCACAAGCUGGAAGAGAGAAUUGGUGGGGUUCUCGAUCAACCCUUACUGUGCCCAAGUCAUCUCCUGAAAGCAGAGAUGGAUAUGAAAACUCAGUACCACAUAUAACUUCUGGUCACAGAGUGCAUGGAAGAAAUCAUUGGGAUGAAGACAGUGUUGUCAGUUCUCCUGAUCCUGGUUCUGCAAGUGAAUCAGGGGAUCGUUAUCGUUCUGAGCAAUAUCAAAAUAGUCAUCAUGAACCAAGUAAAAUUGAAACACUAAUCCGUGCAACUCAACAAAUGAUAAAAGAAGAGGAAAAUAGGUUACAGCUACGUAAGUCUAGUCCAGAUCAACUAACUCCUAUCAACGGAGCAGCAAAAAGAAAUUCUAUUUGCUUUGUCAAUUACCAACAAUCCCAGUUAACUGGAGUUGUGUGUCGUGGCCCAGCUGUCUCCAAUACCUCUCCUUGUGACCAUCUACAGCAAAGGGAUGGUAAAAUGUUGAGUCCAAGAGACAAUGAAUAUGAAAACAGCCCUACCACCCUAUCCAGAAUCAGCAGUCCAAAUUCUGAGAGAAUUUCCAAAGCUGGAGUAACUAAGGACUAUUUACAUACAAAUGUGUCUCCUCAACAAACAGUGGACCAUUCCACCUCACCAAACUACUACAAUGCCCACCGUCCUUAUUUUGAUAAACAUGCUUACACAUUUACUGGAUAUGCUCUUGAGCACCUAUAUGAUACAGAAUCUAUCAGAAACUAUUCACUGGGCUGCAGUGGAUCCCAUUUUGAUGUGACUUCUCAUUUACGAAUGCAACAGGACCCAGCACAAGUGCACAAGGGUACAUCAGUAAUAAUCACAAAUGGGAGUUGAUAUUUAAUAUGAUGCAUCUUAUGCUUUGUACCCUUUACAGAGAAAAAAAAAAACCUUUUUCAUGUCAUUAUUGCCAGCAUCUUAUGAAUUACGGCACACUGGAUGUAACAGCAGGGGAGACUAGGCUUGGCUUUUGUAUUUGUAAAAAUUUAUUAUGACAUUUUGGCUGAAAUAAUGAAGCUCAGAGGACUUUUACUUUACAUACCACAUGUCUAUGGUAACCAGUUGUGCAGUCUUGCAAAACAAAAUAUAGGAAUUUCAGUGUUACAGGCUCUGUGAUGUUAAAUACUUUUGCAUUAAAAAAGACAAAAUUAUUUCUGUUAGCCAAUAAAGGUGUCACUGCUAUAAUUUUUUAAUUUUUUAGCGCAAACACAUUUAACAUCACAUAGCUUCUUCCGGCAAACACAGUACUUUUUGCUAUACAGUGUUAUAGGCUAAAACAUUUUGCUAAUUACACUUGCAUGUAAAUAAAUAAAUUUUCAAAAAAAAUAAAAAAAUAAAUAGGUGAAAUAAAAAAUAAAGAAAAAUCCCUGAAACUAUGCAUAUAGGACUUGAAGCAAAAGUUGAAUGUACAACUUUAUGUAUACACAGGCACAAAUGCACACAUUUUUGUAUGUCUGUGAUUGCAAAACCAGAAUUACUUACUUUUCAGCACAGUAAUACAUUUGUUUAACCUGCAUUACAUUUUCUGUCUUCUAGUUACUUGAAGAGCACUUUUCACAUAUACUAUAUACACAUUGCUAGUUUCAACAACUCCUUAAUCACAUCAUAGUAACUCAGUCAGUGCAGUAGAGUUUGUGCCCAGAAUGAAUAUAUAUUAACCGUAUUAUAAGUAAACACAACCAACAUAUGUUUAUUACCUUUUUUUUUUUUUAUAUAUAUCCUGGAUUUCCUAAUUUUAAGAGUACUUGCAUCUCUAAUAUAUCUUAUCAACCAAGCUACUUCUGCUACUCUAAAAAUUCUGCAAAUUUCUUUUGUUUGAAUUACAUUGUUUUCAACAACCACAUUAUCCUGAGUACAUAUAUCACACAGUUGUAUGUAUGGAAUUCAUAUAUUGCAGCAUAACUUUUACAAGAAAUCAUAAAAGAGAGAAAUUAUAUUUGUUUCCAUUAUUGGUAAAUAGGGUUCACCACAUUAACUAGAUUUUAGGUUGUUACUAUAAGUAUUGGAAUAUUUAUCUGGCAUUUUUGGUAUUCAAAUGUUUUAUUUAAUUUCCAUAAGUUCUCCAAAAGGUUGGUUCCAAUUUAUAACUUCAAUUUCUUCUAGCUUGAAAUAUAUUCUAUAAGAUUUUUCAUGAAAACAGUUCAUAUCUUUCACCACAGCAGAUUGAUGGACCUGGCAGUUAUACUUGUAAUAUUAAAGUUUCGUCAAAAAGAAUUGCUUUAGUUUAAGAACAAUCUUAUUGACUAGUUUGGGGAAGUUGACUACAUGAUUUGAACAUCUGCUACAUUAGUUUCCAUUGCAGCAUGUGGACAGAAAAUUUAGGUCAUUCUAGGAUUGCAUAUA